AGGGUGAUAUCGGCGGGAGAUGUCUGACAUGUUUGCGCAGGACCGCAGGCCACAGGCUGGCGUGGAGCGCUUGGUUUUGUGGUGGGCUGCGUGUCUGCGUGAAACUGGCAUAGAUGCACGUUCCCCUGCAUCUGGUCCUCAUUAGAGGAGCAGAGAGUAUAAAGCGAGGAGCAGACAGGGGCUGGGAACACUCUUAUUCCAGGACUGGAUCAUGGGCUUUACUGCGUGGCUGUGUCUGCUGUGCCUGCAGGCGAGCCUGCUGUCUCAUGCGCUCGACUGCUCGGCAGGAAGCAAGGCCGACUUGUGCGUCAACACACAGACGGCCGACGAGCAGACUGGUGACCAAAGGCUGCAGAGGCCACCACCUGCAUAUGAAGAACAGAUUUUCCUUAGGCGCAAGAGACAAUCGGAGCGGCGAGGCCACGCCCACUUGAGCCACUCCAGCCUCCCGGGGGUCAUCCAUGUAAGAGGCUUCCCAAAAGCUCUCAUCCAGGCUGACAGGUCCAGGCGACACUUGGCUCAAGCAGGCAAUAAGAAAAAGAGCAAGCGUAAAUCCCGCGUCGGCUCCUUUUCCCUCCUUAGCAACGAUAAGAAAUCCAACCCCCUACAGGUGAUCAGGGCCAGAAGACAGGUGAAGAACAAGACGCCCAAAUAGGGCCGAGUCCAGUCCAUCUGGGGCUUUCUCUGUACUGGGAGAACCGCAGAAUGACAGACAACAAUAAGAAGCCUAAAGAACACAAAAAGACUUGUUAUUGUGUGUCUGCCACUGUAAAAUAAUCUAUUGUUAGUCUGUCAGCAAGUAUAUGCAAAGGUUCUAAAUUGUAGGUGCCUGCAUUUUACAGGAAGCAAAAUGAAAUUCAUUAUUGUUGUAUUUUAUCAGAUAUUGAGGGGUAUAUUUUUGCAGAAAUGUUUUGUUAUUGUAUGAUUUCAAUUAAAGUUUUA